CCCCUUCAUUCACUCCCCCGCUCCUUCGCCGCCUCCAGCCUCCCGCGGCCGGAGUCCGGAGGCGAGGGGAGGCCGGCCGCAACUUCCCCAGUCCACCUUAAGAGGACGAUGUAACCGGCUCGCGGCGCUGACCUUAGAAAAACAAGUUUGUGCAAAGUGGAGCGAGGGGCCCGGGCUCUGGGCAGCUCCGGCGGCUCUUCCACCGUCUCGCAGCCCUCGCCGGCCCGGCGGCGCAGCCGCGGCCCAUGGAGCCCGCCCGCCCGGCCCCCGGCCGCCUCAGGCCGCUGCUCUGCCUGCUGCUCGCUGCGUCCAGCGCCUGGUCAGGAGUGGCAGGUGAGGACGAGCUGCAGGUGAUUCAGCCUGGCGGGUCAGUUUCAGUUGCAGCAGGAGAGACGGCCACUCUGCGCUGCGACGUGACCUCCCUGCUCCCCGUGGGGCCCGUCAAGUGGUUCAGGGGCACAGGGCCAGGCCGGGAGUUAAUCUACAGUCUCAAAGGAGCCCCCUUCCCUCGAGUAACAACUGUUGCAGAUACUACAAGGAGAAACAACAUGGACUUUUCCAUCCGCAUCAGUAACAUCACGCCAGCAGACACCGGUAUGUACUACUGUGUGAAGUUCAAGAAAGCAAGCCCUGACGUGGAGGUUAAGUCUGGACCAGGCACUCAUCUCACUGUGAGUGCCAAACCCUCUCCUCCUGUGGUAUCAGGCCCCACAGUGAGGGUCACACCUGAGCAGACAGUGAGCUUCACCUGCAAAUCCCACGGGUUCUCCCCCAGAAACAUCUCCCUGAAAUGGUUCAAAAAUGGCAAUGAGCUCUCAGCCUCCCAGACCGACGUGGAACCAGAGGGAAACAACGUUUCCUACAGCAUCUCCAGCACAACCAAGGUGGUGCUGGCCCCGGGGGAUGUUCGCUCCCAGGUCAUCUGCGAGGUGACCCACAUCACCCUGCAGGGAGACCCUCCUCUUCGUGGGACAGCCAACUUGUCUGAGACCAUCCGAGUUCCGCCUACCUUGACGAUUACCCAACACCCCAGGGUGGGGAACCAGGUGAAUGUCACCUGCCAGGUGAACAAGUUCUACCCCCAGCGCCUACAGCUGACCUGGUUGGAGAACGGAAAUGUGUCCCGAAUGGACAUGGCCUCGACCCUCAUAGAGAACAAGGACGGGACCUUUAACCGGACGAGCUCGCUCCUGGUGAACUCAUCUGCCCACAGGGAGGCUGUGCUGCUCACCUGCCAGGUGGAGCAUGACGGACAGCCGGCGAUCACCAAAAACCACACCCUGGAGGCCUCUGCUCCCCAGAAGAACCAGGAUGCAGAUGAACGUAUUGACAAGGCUGACAGCUGGAACAGUAUCUUCAUCGUGGUGGGCGUAGUGUGUGCCCUGCUGGUGGCCCUGAUGAUCGCCGCCCUCUACCUCCUCCGAAUCAGACAGAAGAAAGCCAAGGGCUCCACUUCCUCUACAAGGUUGCAUGAGCCCGAGAAGAACACUAGAGAAACAACCCAGAUCCAGGACAACAACGACAUCACAUAUGCAGACCUGAACCUGCCCAAGGGGAAGAAGUCCACCCCCAAGGCCGACGAACCCAACAACCACACGGAGUAUGCCAGCAUUCAGGCCUGCCCACCACCUGUGUCCGAGGACACCCUCACCUACGCCGACCUGGACAUGGUCCACCUCAACCGGAACCCUAAGCAGCCAGCCCCCAAGCCUGAGCCAUCCUACUCAGAGUAUGCCAGUGUCCAGGUCCAGAGGAAGUGAGCAGGGCCGUGGUCAUCUCUAGGGUCUGUCCCCAUGAGCCUUCCUGUCCCGUUGCGGGCAACCUUGAUGAGGACAGCCAGCCCAGUUCCUGGAGGGCCAGGGUGGGACAGGACCCAACAGUGAGGGUAGCUCUUGUCUCCCCAGCCCAGCUGGCUCUCCAGCAUUUCCACGGGAGCCAUGGCCCCUCUAUGUGGCCACACAUGGAGGCUAGUGUUGCCAGACUAGGCAGGGAACCGACCUGGGAGCUGGCCAGAGCCAUCAGGGGUGCAAGAACUCUCACGCCUCUGUCCAUCAACUGUGGGUCUUUGUCAUGGUCUUGGAGACCACUGACUGCCUCCUUGACACUCUGCAGCCCGAUCUUCCAGAGUGAGGAGGGAGAAAACCCACCUCCUCCUCCCAGCACCACCCACCUGGGGCUUUGGGGAAAGUUUUCCCUUUAGAUCGAACUGCCCAUCCAUGGCGAAGAAGCUGGACGCGCAUCCCGAGACUUGGUGCCGUGGCUGCCAGCAGUCCCGGUCUCCCCUCCCUGCACUGACCAGCCACAAGCCCCGGGGAGGAGAGGACCGUCUGAGGAACUCCUCCGCCACCAAGGACUGAGACAAAACGCCCCUCCUCCUCACGGCCCUCGAGACCUGGAGGACCUCCGACGGUGAUACUCCACGUGGCCCCACCUCUCCCUUCCAUACCUGAGCUCGCUUCCUUCAGCAAGCACUAACUCACAACCUCUCGCUGUGGACGCCUGUAAAUUAUUGAGAAAUGUGAAAUGUGCAAUCUUGAAACUGAGGUGUUAGAAAAUUUGAUCUGUGGUGUUUUGUUCUGUAUUUUUCUUAAAACAACAGCAGUGUUA